AUGUGGAUCCUUUCCAUUAGCUGUCGUUUCGCGCCUCUUCGAGAGUUUUUUGGUGUCCAGCCCAGCCAUCCCCUGACCAACUGUGGCCUGUGCCCGCUUUUUGCCAUGGCUCGUGCUGCUGCCUUGUGUAUCUUGGCCGCUGCCCUCUGCAUGCUCCGAAAUAUCGCCUUUGUCCCAGCGCCUGCGCGCACCGCCGCAGACCCCGCAGUGGUAGCUGGCGCGGCGGUGUUGGCCACUGUGCCAAUGGGAGCAGACGCCUUCGUCUUCAAGGGCAAGGAGUACUUUGAUGUCUUCUAUGGCAUUGAGCCUUUGGCCUGGGCCUUCUGUGGCUUCGUCAUCGUCUACUACGGAGCAGUGGUGAAGAACGCCGCACAGAAGUACAAUGUCCCCAUCCAGAAGAUCCCUCCCAAGGUUGGAGCCUUCGUUGGCAAGGAGGUUGAGGUGGAGGUCUUGAACAGGCGUGGCAUCCCGAAGCAGUGA